GUGGAGGACGAGGUCCCCUUGAAGAUGAACCAUACUGGUACGCCGAUCGCACCAAGGGUCCCUGAAGCUGAUUCUGCGUUGAGCUCUUCUCCUUUGGUGGCCAUCACUUUGCCGUCUCCAACUUAUACCUCGCUACCUCCUGCGGCACCUGCUUUUGCUUCCACUAGCUCAGCAAGGGUGCAGGAGAGGUUCCCGGACUUACAGAGGUCAUCAUUGGACAGUCUGCUAGGCCACCGUCCAGAGAUCUUCCUGGAUUACUUGCGAGCUUCAUCUCCAUCGAGGGAGGUUACCGCUGCACUUUCCCCACCUCUACAUGAUUCUGCAAACCUGCUUACCAAGAGUUGGGGUGAAAGGGAGCAAGGCUUCCUUAAUGAGAUGCCUAUAGGCGAGGCCCUAGUGACUACUCAACUCCACAGCCAUCGCUCUAUCCUGUACAUGACAACCGUAGCUGAUAAGGUAAGAUUUGAGCUCGACAAACUGAUGGAGGCCAAGGAUCAGGCCUUGAAUUUGUAUAACAACAUGGAGGCUGAGAGAGCUCAGUUUGCAAUAAAAGAAAAAGAAUCCGAGGAGAAGCUUAACAUGAUGGGGUUUAACCUGAACUCGAGGCUAGAGAUGGAGGAGAAGUGGAUGGGGGAGAUUAGAGCUCUGAGGGAGGAGGCCGGUCGUAGGGUUGAGUCUGAGAAGAAGAUGAUUGAGGAAGAGAGAGUUCGGACUGAGGAGGCUGUGGUGAAGGUAUGGGAGGUAAAUGAGAGAGCAAGAGAGGUGAUGCGUAGAGCUGAGGAGGCUGAAUCUAGGGCUGCGAGGGUAAUGAAGACUUGGAGGUCAUCCUCCAAGCUUGACGCUCUUGCCCAGAAUGCUUACGUUGUGGCUCUGGAGGAAGCAGUAAAACACAUUCGCAUAGAGAGGCCAGGGUUCGGCGUGGGUUUCCUUGAGGAGACUAUGGAAGAGCAUAAAGAAGAGCUUCAGCAUUUAUCGGAAGCGGCAGGGGUUCGAAUUUCUUCUGAUGAAGAUGAUGUCACUCUUCGCGAAGGCCUCCCUCCCCCUAGUUCUUCUUAGGAUAUUUUUUGGAUUUAU